AUGGCGGAAAAGAAUCAAUCCGAGCAGAGCCCAAGCUCUCAACAUGUGGAAUCUAAUGAUUCAGAGAAGCACCAGCCCCAGGUGGCGAUCCCUCUAGAGCGCCAGUCGGCUAUUCGCAGAAAGUUUGAUCGUCGUGUCUUGCCAAUUGUAUGUAUUUUAUACAUUUUAUCAUACUUGGAUCGCGGAAAUAUCGGCAACCCCAAGGCUGCCGGGCUUGACACAGAUCUUAACCUGAGUGACUACCAAUGGUCGUGGGUCUUGUAUGCCUUCUAUAUCUGCUACAUCCUGUUCGAGUGGACUACAGUUCUAUGGAAAAUUCUACCAGCACAUUCCUACAUUGCCGUUCUCUGCAUUUGCUGGGGCACAGCUGCAAUGUGUAGUGGUGCAGUCAAAAGUUUCGCUCAAAUUCUCGCGACUCGGUCCUUGCUGGGUAUCUUCGAAUCUGUCUUUGGCAGUGGUGCACCGUAUUUCCUCUCUUUGUUCUACCAAAGACAAGAACUAGGACUACGGGUAUCACUACUCCUUGGCAUGUCGCCAGUCGCCAAUUGUUUUGCUUCUGCUCUCGCCUAUGGUAUUACCCACAUCAGGGGAUCAAUAGAGCCAUGGCGCUACCUAUUUAUCAUUGAGGGCGCUCCAACAGUUCUCUUUUCAGUGGUAGUAUUCUUCUUCCUUCCAGAUUCACCAGGCACAGCAUCCUUCCUAGACGAAAGAGAACAAACAGAAGCAGUAGAACGACUCCAAGCCUUCGACACAACAAAGAAAAACAAAGUCCGCUGGUCCCAAGUCCUGAGCGGAUUAUCAGACUACAAAAACUACAUCCACAUGUCCAUCCACUUCUGCUGUAACUACUCCUUCGCGGGACUCUCAAACUUUCUCCCAACAAUUAUCCAGCAUAUGGGAUAUACAUCUAUCAAUGCCCAAGGACUAUCAGCACCACCCUACCUCGUCUCCUUCCUCUGCUGCGUAGCAGCCGCUUUCCUCUCAGACAGAUGGGGAAAACGGGGAAUCCUAAUUGCAUUUUUUGCAACGAUGGGGACAAUCGGGUAUCUACUCCUCACAUGCGUGCAAGACCAGUCGAACACCGCGGCGCGGUAUGCGGGUGUUUGGCUAGCGACUUGCGGGAUCUUUCCUGCUCUCGCGCUGAAUAUCACUUGGUUGUUGGAUAACCAGGGUGGGGAAAUGUUCUAG